AUGUCCGCGUGUGUUGUGGAAGAGGGUCGCGAUGAGGGCGGCGGCGGCGUGGUGGACGCGAGGGAGAACGAGGUGCAUGAGCGCCCGCGGCGGGAUGUCCUAUUGAGCGCCCGCGGCCGGCGCGCCUGCUCGGAGCAGGGGCCACAGUCAAACUAUAACAUGCAACAUGGCACGGCUCAUCUUUGGGGCGCUAGUAGUGGUCGCCGCGGUUGGAGUCGAAAGCGGACGUCCGCGCCGCAGAUGGGCAACACACAGGGCUCCAUGCCUCGCAUUGGACUCGUGCUUCGGUCGAGACGCAGUUGGCCCGUUGCACCACAAUCGUAUCGCAGG